AUUCAAUUAAUCAAAACAUUUUAUAGUUGAUUAAUUUAUAAUUAUUAAAUUCUUUACCUCAUAACCCACCCUCAAAAGGGUAUCACUUCACAGUUGCCACUCGUAUAUGAACCCUAAAAACCCUAAUCCUAAAAAGUAAAUUUCAGUAUAUUAAUUUGUUAGAUCUGCCUCAGCUGCUCUCCAAGUCUUUCAAGUCAUCAUGGCAUCAGAGAAGAAAUUGUCGAACCCAAUGAGGGAAAUCAAAGUUCAAAAGCUCGUCCUCAAUAUCUCCGUCGGCGAAAGCGGCGAUCGUCUCACACGCGCCGCCAAGGUCUUGGAACAACUCAGUGGUCAAACCCCUGUUUUCUCUAAGGCAAGAUAUACCGUGAGAUCUUUCGGAAUUAGGCGUAAUGAGAAAAUUGCUUGCUACGUUACGGUGAGGGGAGAGAAGGCAAUGCAACUUCUCGAGAGUGGUUUGAAGGUUAAGGAAUACGAGCUUUUAAGGAGGAACUUCAGUGAUACCGGCUGCUUCGGAUUUGGUAUCCAAGAACACAUCGAUCUUGGCAUCAAGUAUGAUCCUUCAACUGGUAUCUACGGUAUGGAUUUCUAUGUUGUUCUCGAACGAGCUGGAUACCGUGUAGGUCGUCGUCGCAGGUGCAAGUCACGUGUCGGCAUUCAGCACAGAGUUACAAAGGAAGAUGCCAUGAAAUGGUUCCAAGUCAAAUACGAAGGUGUCAUCCUUAACAAGUCGCAAAACAUCGGAGCUUAAGAGUAGUAGUUGUUACAAGCUAAGUUGAGUUUGUUUCGAGUUUUGGGUACUCAGCUUUUUGCUAGUUUCUGUCUCGGUUCUCGUUUUGUUGAAGAGAUUUAUGACUAACUCUACAGGCGUAACUACCUUUUUUUUCUUCUUCUUUUGGUUUAAUUACAUUUUGAUAUAGCAUUUGGAAAA